GGGGGUGUCCCGUCGGCACGCGCAGACAGCAGGGAGCAGCUGCAGCAAGAGGAUCGCAUUGCAUUUCACUGCAUUGCAAGUGACAUUUUCGCAUUUCCUCUAAAAACUUAGAAUAACGUAUUCACCAACGACACUCAAAAAUGGUAGAUCGCGAGCAAUUGGUGCAGAAAGCCAGAUUGGCUGAGCAGGCUGAAAGAUAUGACGAUAUGGCAGCUGCCAUGAAAUCGGUAACGGAGCUGAACGAGGCCUUGUCCAAUGAGGAGAGGAACCUGCUGUCGGUGGCCUAUAAGAAUGUGGUGGGGGCUCGGCGCUCCUCCUGGCGGGUCAUCUCCAGCAUCGAGCAGAAGACCUCGGCCGACGGCAACGAGAAGAAGAUCGAGAUGGUGCGGGCCUACCGCGAGAAGAUCGAGAAGGAGCUGGAGGCCGUCUGCCAGGACGUGCUCAACCUGCUGGACAACUUCCUGAUCAAGAACUGCAGCGAGACGCAGCACGAGAGCAAGGUCUUCUACCUGAAGAUGAAGGGCGACUACUACCGCUACCUGGCCGAGGUGGCCACGGGCGAGAAGAGGGCCGCGGUGGUGGAGUCCUCCGAGAAGGCCUACAGCGAGGCCCACGAGAUCAGCAAGGAGCACAUGCAGCCCACCCACCCCAUCCGCCUGGGCCUGGCGCUCAACUACUCCGUCUUCUACUACGAGAUCCAGAACGCGCCCGAGCAGGCCUGCCACCUGGCCAAGACCGCCUUCGACGACGCCAUCGCCGAGCUGGACACCCUCAACGAGGACUCCUACAAAGACUCCACGCUCAUCAUGCAGCUGCUCCGAGACAACUUGACACUGUGGACAAGCGACCAGCAAGACGACGAGGGAGGGGAGGGCAACAAUUAAGAAUGAACCCCCGCGCGCUACACACGACACGUACACAUUAAUAAAAAAAAUUAAAAUAAAAAGGGCCGGUGGACUUUGGCAGUCGCUUUUGCCGAUGACACUACCGCAGCAGCAGUUCUUUAUUUUUCCACGAAUUUAAAGAAAAAAAAAUCAAAUAAAAAAGAGCGGUUAGAGGGGGAGGUUAAAUAUUAGUUAAAUAAGUAUAGUUAAAAAAAAAAAAAGAAAAAGAAAAAGAAAAAGAAAACCCUCCUCUCCUUGAUUGCCUCUUCGACAUUUGCCAAAACACCACUUAGAGGAAAGAUUCAGUCAGUCAGGAGUGGCUGUUGGUUUGGAACGGCAGCCUCACACUGGCACAUGGACUGUUCCUGUAGUGCAAACAAAGUGGAGCUGCUUAUUUUAACUUUAGGGGUGAGGGAAAAGUAUUAGAGACGGUCGGGAGGGGAUACAAAGCUUGAGCAAAAACUUGAAUGUCAUCGCCUCAAAAAACAAAACUAUUUGCAGUGGUUCCAGUACGCACGAGGAAAGAGUCCCAUUUUAGGUGUUUUAGGAGUGCUUUUGCAAUUGAAAGUACGCCCGGUAAUGGCUUAGCUGUGGAAAAAAAAAAAACACUAUAAAUGUGUUUUGAUGGUUAGAGGAUGUAUCAAUCUCAGACAUAGGACCUGAAAGCUUGAAGGUUAAGGUACAGUGAUGAUCACUUUUUCCCCCACACUAAUUUUAGUCAAAAUAUUUAAAAAAAAACAUUUCUGGCUCCAAAAUUAUUAUUAUUAUUAUUAUUAUUAUUACUAUUAUUAUUAUAGAAUUUUAAAUGUUAUGCAAUGCAUAUGAUAUCAGUUGCAAUGGCAAAUAUAUGGCAUCAGGCAUAAAUAUAAUUAUAUUAUGCAGAUGCAGUAUUGCAUUUACUUAAACCAAGUCAAGAUUAACACAAACGAAACACAUUUAAGUUAACCACAAUACACAAAAUGCAAGGGUUAAAAGGGGAUUUGCCAAAUAGAAUGUUUCAGGGAAAAAAAACAAAAUGAUUUUAUUCCCUGAAUUUGGUCUAAAUAUUUUUUCUGUUCUUCGAGGCCAGACUCCGAACCUGUAAUAGCACAGGAAGACAGAAUAUACUGGAACCACAGACUCAGUGAGAGGACAAGGUACAGUUGAGGGCAGAGCACUGGCAGUGUUAAAAUGGAGGACGAUCUUAAAGCAGCUUCGAGGUUUGUGGUUUACUUUCGUUUUGUGUUUGUUUUUUUAUUUAAAGAAAUGCACUUGCCUAUUAUACUGUUUCUUCAGUGUAAGACGAUUACUGCUCAAAUAUUCUCGGAAAUACAAUACUGUGCAUGCUGGUGAUGUAUUUAUAUACAGUAGCUUGACUUUAUUAACUUAUAAUGUAGGUGUUAUGUAUUCAUAUGAACAAGAAAUAACUAGACUUCAAUCUGAUUAUUUUCUAUUUAUUACUUUUUUUGUUGGAUUGUUUCAAUUUAUUUUUUGUUUUUUCAUUUGCUAAAGUACGCUAUACCAAAACAGUGAUUGUUAACAAUAAAUUGAUCUGUUAUGGACGUUGCUAUAGUGACAUGCAAUUCUUGUAUUUGAUUUGUUAAACAAAAGAGGAGGAAAAAAGACAAAAAACACCAGUGUUAGCUUAAUCAUACUGUCUGGUGUUUUGUCAUGGUGAAAUUAUAAUUAUUACAUUGUAAAACAAUAUGUUGUUCUUAGAAUGACUUCUGUUUGUGCUUUUUUUCCUGUCAAGUUAUGCAGUGAGAUAUUUAAGGUUGAACAGUGUUUUUUUUUCUCUCCAGAAUCAGUGUUUCUGUAAGGAAUUCUCACACGGACCAUUAUUUAUUAUACUUUUUUAUUUAAAACUUUUUAGCUGUCUCCUGAAUAUCUUAAAUGUGAGUCAUGUAGCGGUUGCACAAGAGCAAAAAUAAUAAUAAUAAUGAUAAUAAAAAAUGAAUUCAAA